CCGCAUUCACUAUCCUCCUGCAAAAUGGUCAAAAUCUACAAACCCGGUAAGGUUGCACUCGUGCUGCAGGGCCGCCAAGCUGGAAAGAAAGUCGUUGUAAUCAAACAGAAUGACGAGGGAACCAAGGAACGCCCCUACCCUCACGCCAUCAUCGUCGGGAUUGAACGUUACCCUCGCAAGGUUACAAGGCGUAUGGGUGCGAAGAAACUUGAGAGGAGGAACAAAGUAAAACCCUUCGUUAAGGCUAUCAACUACUCGCACCUCUUCCCGACGCGUUAUACGCUUGAACUUGAGGGCUUGAAAGGUGUUGUUUCCGCAGAAGCCCUCAAGGAGCCGUCACAGAAGGUGGACUCAAAGAAGAACGCGAAGAAGCUAUUUGAAGAGCGAUACGUGACCGGGAAAAACAAGUGGUUCUUCCAAGCUAUGCAGUUCUGAACACUGGACAUGGAGAGUUUUAACGCCUCCUGGUGUUUUGAUCGUUUUUUUCACCAUAUAUAAAAUCCCUGACGUAUAUAUCAUAUGCAACUUAUGAAGUUAUGCGUCUACAUGUUUUUGACACUCUUUUGAGGUUUACCUCAAGCAGAUGCCCCUUCCUGCUGACACGAACAUGUUCAGUCUUU